AUGGCACCGAUAGCUUCAUCCACGCUGCUCGCUCCCAGCGCCAGCAUGACCUCCUCCUCCUCGUCGGUGCGCAUCUGCAUCGUCAAUCCGAACAGCUCUUCGAUCAUCACAGAUGCUCUUUCCACCACCCUCUUACUCUCCGCGCCACCUUCGACCAGCCUCUCCUUCCUGACCGGCCCGCCAUCCUCGCCGGCGAGCAUCCAGACUCCUGCCGAAUCGAUCAUCUCCGCCGCGGAAACGUACAAGCACCUCAUCACCACCUCUCCCUCCCAGGACCUCUCGCUGUACCCGACGGAUGCGUUUUUGGUGGCAUGCUUCUCGGACCAUCCGCUAGCGCCCAUGCUGCGCCCGUCCGGAAAGCCAACAUUGCACCUGCUCGAAGCGGCCAUCCUGCACGCGCUUCUCGUCGGCGUCAAAUUCGGCGUGCUGACAACGGGAAAGAGCGUCGUACCCGAUGUCGAGGCUGGCGUGCGUCGCGUCAUGGGCGGCAACAGCGACAGGUACAUCGGCACGCAUGCUACCGGACUAGGCGUGGUCGAGCUCAAGGAAGGCGAUCGGGGCAAGAUCGAGCGCAAGAUCAAGGUGGGCGUGCAGGAGCUGGUGAGGAUGGGUGCGGAUGUCAUCGUGCUUGGGUGCGCCGGGAUGGCAGGGAUGGAGCGGCUGGUGAGGGAGGGCGCCGAGGAGGUGGGAGGGAUGGUCAAGGUCGUCGACGGCGCCAAGGCGGGACUGCAGUUGCUGACAGGGCUCGUCAGGGCUGAGGACGAUUCGUAG